UUGAACACCCCUAUCGUACAGGCGAAUUGCUAUUGACCAUCUCGCUGUGUUGUGGAACAUUAACAGAGCUUUCUGCUGCUCCUCGACGAUUAAUUGUAUUAGGGUUUUCACUUUUCUCGAGUAUCUCUUGUCGCUUGAGAAAGCGGCGGAACAAGUGACUGCGACCGGCAAGCAGAGGAAGCUCCAGCAAAAAUGUCGUCGCUGAAGAAUGUUCUUCCUCAAAGAAUUCACAAGGAACGAGCUCAGCCGUGAGUCGUCUCCGUUUUGCUGUUUCUGCUCUUCUUUUCUCAUAUUUCUGGACUCCAUUCCGUUUCCGCACUCUUUCAGUCGCUUAUUUGCUUUGAAUUUUGGGUUGCUCCGCUGGCAGGGAGUCGAGAAAGAAAUUUGGGCUUCUGGAGAAGCACAAAGACUAUGUUGUUCGAGCAAAGGCGUUCCAGAAGAAGCAAGAGACUCUACAGAGGCUCAGAGAGAAAGCAGCUUUCAGAAAUCCUGAUGAGUUCAACUUUGGCAUGAUCAAGUCCAGAACGGUAGAUGGAAUCCAUCGUUCAGUGGGCGAGGCAAAUAAAUACACACAAGAAGAACUAAUGCUGAUGAAAACGCAAGACAUAGGAUAUGUGCUUCAGAAACUUCAGAGCGAGAAAAAGAAAGUUGAAAAGCUUUCGUCUGUCUUGCACGUCGGAAACCAGGCAUCAAACAGACACGUCUAUUUUGCGGAAGACAGAGCGGAUGCUGAAGAGAUAAGGUCACGCUGUGCCAAAAACAACGAGGGUACUUCCAAUGCGGAAAAGCCUUUGCCUGAUUAUAUUAAGAGGAGAUUAGCCGGCUCUUACAGAGAGCUAGAAGCCCGGAAGAACCGGGCGACUCAGUUAGAGAAGCUGUACAUGGAGAUGACAUUGCAGAAAGAACUGCAGAAAAAGGGACGAAAGCGCAAGCUGCGUGAAGAUGAGACCGUGGCGCCAACAUCAGGGCCAGUAUACAAGUGGAGAAGAGAACGGAAGAGGUGAAAAAUCAGCGAUUAUUUAAGUGCUGUCUGUUUGUAGGUCUAUCAAAUUCAUUUAGCCCCGCCUGGAGAGGGCUGAAAGUUCAUUUUCACAGCUAAAGUGACUCUGAUGCCGAAUUUGGAUCAGGUGGUAGAGAAAGAGGUGCGUGGUAGUUAGUUAUGUUCUCAUCUAUUAUCCCGACAACACAACGAAAAUUAGCAGAAACUAGUGAAAUUAGUAGCUUUCUUGUUGUUUUUCAAAAUUUGUUUCUUGUGGAAUAAUAUAAGUAUUUUUUUUUCCGUUGAAUCAAUUCCCCUCUUUAUUAAUAUGAAAAGAAAAA